GUAUGCUUCAAACAAAAACAAUUAUAACAUCGGCUUAACAUGAUUUUUAUUUAAUGAGCACAUGUAAAUAUAUUUUACAUGAAACGGUCAUAUUUUCCUCAAUCUCAAUAUCUUUACGUCCUCCAUUCAAAUAUAUCCGUCGCGUUGUUUUGACGUCACAAUACCGUUGCCUCAAUAGUCACACUCGCCAUUUUCAAGUCUCAGCACGCCGUUCUCUACAAAGAGAUUUGAGUGAAUUUUCGACUCGGUUUUUAAUUAUAGUACAAAAAAAUGCAAGGAAACAGGGGCUUCCAGCAGAAUCAUGGUGCACACCGUCAGUCUGGGCACGGCGACCAGGGAGGAAAUACAAAUGGCCAGGAGCCUAGCGAUGCUACACGCCCUAACGAGGCCUUAACUCUGGACCUGCAAAGCUUCAGGAAGCCCGGCGAGAAAACCUUCACCCAGCGUAGCAGGCUUUUUGUAGGAAACCUGCCUACCGGAGUCACAGAGGAGGACAUUGAAAAGAUGUUUGCAAAGUACGGCAAGGCUUCCGAGAUCUUUGUCAACAAAGAAAGGGGCUUCGGCUUCAUCCGCCUGGAGACCAGGAUCAUUGCUGAGAUAGCCAGAGCUGAGCUGGAUGACACCCUCUUCAGAGGGAGACCCAUUCGGAUUAGGUUUGCAACACACGGCGCUGCUCUGUCUGUCAAAAAUCUACCCGAGUUUGUGUCCAAUGAGCUCCUGGAGGAGGCCUUCUCAGUCUUUGGGCAGAUUGAGCGAGCUGUGAUCAUCGUGGAUGACAGAGGGAGGCCCAGUGGGAAGGGAAUAGUGGAGUACACCUCCAAGCCAGCUGCAAGAAAGGCUUUGGACAAAUGUCAAGACAGCGCCUAUUUGCUCACUGCCUUCCCUCGGCCUAUUACUGUGGAGCCCAUGGAGCAGUUAGACGAUGAGGAGGGUCUGACAGAGAAGCUCAUCAACAAAAACCAGCAGUACCACAAAGAGCGUGAGCAGCCGCCCCGAUUUGCUCAGCCGGGCACCUUUGAGUACGAGUACGCCAUGCGCUGGAAAGCCCUGAUGGAGAUGGAGAAGCAACAGUAUGAAAUGGUGGACCGCAACAUGAAGGAGGCUCAGGAGAAGCUGGAGGCGGAGAUGGAGGCAGCCCGACAUGAGCAUCAGGUGAUGCUGAUGAGACAAGAUCUGCUGAGGCGCCAGGAGGAGCUGCGCAGGAUGGAAGAGCUCCACAGCCAAGAGGUGCAGAAGAGGAAGCAGGCCGAGCUCCGGCAGGAGGAGGAGCGCCGGCGGAGGGAAGAGGAGAUGAGGAUGCGCAAUGAAGAGAUGAUGAAGCGGCAGCAGGAGGGCUUCAGAAGCAACUUCCCAGAGAAUAGAGAGCAAGACAUGAGGAUGCACAUGGGCUCCUCUGGCAUGGGUGCAGACAACAAUGCUCUCAUGGCGGGCCCAGGCAACAACAACAUGCCCGGAGGCCAGGGCGGCUUCCCCAGAGGCCUCCCUGGACCUGGAGACUAUGUACCUAACAAGCAGCGCAGAUUUUAAAUCACAUCCUUUUUCCAAUUUGCAUACUCAACUUUAGUUUUUUUGAAGUUCACACGCAUCAAGAGUUACUUUUGUUUAAAAAGUGGCAUGUAUCUUUAUUUUUCCUUGUGUUGUUGUGCUUUUGAUGUUUUUAGAAAUUAUUUCUCCAAACUCCAUUUUUGGCAUGGGUUACUUUCUUACUUUUUUUCAUUGAUAGAAAAUGACUCCUUGUCUUGUGGAAUUUUCUGUAUUAAAUUCCCCAAGAAAGGAUCUCGCUUGAGACUCAAGGUUUCUCUUUCUUGUAAAAAAACAAAACAAAAAAAGAAUAAUAAUAAAUAGAUAAAAUGGACUGGAGUCAGCUGAGUUAGUAUUACUAAUGUAUUGAUUUCACUGAGCCACUGAUUAAUCAUUCACAGGAUGACACAACUUAAUGUAGGUUGUAGAUUGUCAUAGUCAUCAUUAGAGGGGGAUUACAGGUGUUGGCUGGUAAAAAUAUAUUUUCUGCUUUUCACUUUGUGUGCAAUUACUAAUUACAGACACCAGUGAUCAGAAAGCAUCUACACACCAGAUUAUGAGGCAUUGUAGGAGGAAUCUUAUCAAAUAAUGACUGGUAUUCCCUAAGGUGUGUCAGUUGAGGGGAAACAGUCAUCAAUGUGUCUUCAAUGUGUUCAGUAGGGACGAACUUUAAAAUGAAAUUAUGCUUUUUAUUGGACAGCAGUAUGAUGGGAUUCAAAGACGGUAAGUAAAAAAACUGUAAAUACAAGCUUACUUGCACACCUUCAUCCAUUCAUUGCUUUCUACCUGUUAUCCCAGGGGUAGGGAACCUAUGGCUCGGGAGCCAGAUGUGGCUCUUAACACAAUAAAAAAUAUUUUUUUUGCUGACAUUUAAAAGUAAAACAUGACAGAAAUCACAGUGUUAAAAAUAACAUUCAAAAUAUAAAACUUAUACAUUUUUUUCCAUCCAUCAAUCCAUUUUCUACUGCAAUUCAGAUGGCCAGAGCCAAUGCCAGCUGUCCUAUGAUCAAAUAGUCACCUAGGUAAUUCGGCAGAGCCUUGUGAAGAAGAUGGCAAAAAGAAAGCUAUGGAGUAUGGUGCAAAACCAUGCAGCACCAGAAGUCGCAUUAAAGGUAUUUUAUUUAUUGGGUGGCUUCAGUAGAACGUUUUUAAAAAAUAAUGAAUUCAUGGGGUUAUUCUGAAAUUGCUAGUCUUGCUUAAAAACUUAUGCAUUUAGUUGUAUUCAAUGUUAAAAAAUAUAUAUAUAUAACUCUCACGGUCUUGGGAGGCUGGGGCAAGAGGCGAGGUACACCCAUUAGUCACGGGACACAUACUCUAUUCUUUCUUGUAAAAAAAUAAAAUGCACUGCAGUGAGCUGGGUUAGGAUUACUGACUAAUGUAUUGAUUUCACUGAGGCCCUGAUUAAUCAUUUACAGGUCCAGAAUGGCACAAGUGACGGCAAUAUGAAAAUAAAACUAACAAUGUGGGUUGUAGAUUGAAGUCAUGAGAGGGAAAUUACAGUUGUGGACUGAUAAAAAUAGCUGUAUAUAUAUAUUUUCUGCUUUCUACUUUGUGUGCGAUUAAUAAUUACAGCUACCAUUGAUCAGGAGGCGUCUACACUCCGUAUUAGGAAGCAUUGUAGCAGGAAACUUAUCAAAUAAUGACUGGUGUUCCCUAAGGUGUGUCAGUUGAGGGGAAUCUAUGAGUCACUAAUGUGUGCCUUGAAUGUGUUCAAUUGAGAUUAACUUUUAGAUGGAGUAUAUGCUUUUUAUUGGACAGCAAUAUUAUGGGACUCAAGUAUACAGUAAGAAAAAGCAGUAAAUACAAGCUUACACACCUCCAUCCAUUCAUCUGCUUUCUACCUGUUAUCGUAUGCAGGGUUUUCGGAGGCUGAGGCCUAUCACAGCUGGCUACAGGCAAGAGGCGAGGUAGACCCUGGACUACUCACCAGUCAAUCACAGAACACAUACUGUAGACCAGGGGUCACCAACGUGGUGACCGUGGGCACCAGGUAGCCCCCCACGACCACAUGUGGUGCCCGCAAGCCUGCUUUUCAUUCAGGUUUUCAGUUAAUAAUGAAAGAACAGUAGAAAGAAAUGCAUUCUGAAAUACAAAAUGUGAGUUGUGGACGCCAGCAUUUUGUUCAUGUUCUGGUAAAACAAGCAUAUUCGCUUUGUUUGGGUUUAAAAUAAGCUCUGAAAAGAAAUGUUACAAAAAUGAGUAGCUCUUGGCCAUUUUCAUUUUGUAAAAGCAGCUCUCACAAGGAGAAACGUUGGUGACCCCUGUAGACAGACAACCAUUCACACCUUCACUGAGUGGGAAGUGAACCAACACUGCCUGUUCAGAAGUCAGGUGAGACAACCACUAAAACCAUUAGGCUUGCACACCAUUUUUUUUUCCAAAAAUGUGGAACUCUGCCUGGCAGACAUGACCGAUUUGAUGGAAACUGCAGAUAAUUCAGUGUCAUCUCGUUGCUGCUUUGUCAAAGUUGACUAACAAAAUGCAUAGAAGACCCCGCUGGAAAAAUCAUGAAUGAGAUUGUAAACAAGGGGAAGUAAGCGUUAUCUAAAUGUGAAAUUUACACAAUCUGGGGAACUGCAUUGUUUUAAAAAGAAGACAUUUUCUCAUUUGGAGGAUUGAUGCCAAAAUACACUAUUCUUCCAUAAAUCUCACAUUCUCAUGCUGAUUUUUACUAAUUUAUCAUGUAUUAUGGAACUUCAGACGCUGCACAGUUUUAGUAGAAGUUACAAAAUUAAAUUCACUUUUCAUCUUAAUGCAUUAUGCAAAGGCUGAUUUAAAAAAAUCUAAAAAGCAUGUAAUACACGAGAAAGCCUUUGCUACAAUGACCAAUCCAAUGAUAAAAGUGUCGUAAAUAUCCUGUACAUUUUAGAAAUAUUUUUAAAAAUAGCACACACGUUUUGAACCUCACAACUUGUUUGUCAUAUUUAAUCCUGUAUUGCGUCAUUUGUCAUGUUUGUGAUCCCUGCAAGAAUUGUUUGUUUUUUCAGGAUAUAACAGACACGUAAAAUGUUUUCCUUAAAAAUACUGAGGCUGCCCAGUAAUUGAAACACAAAAUUUAAGUCACUCACGUAAUUUUUGGCCAUGACUGUACACUGUAUUUUUUUUUUUUCAAUUUUAGUUUAAAGUUAUUCUGUAGAACAGAAAAUCAUUUUAGGCGCCUGAUAAAUAUGACAUCAAAAGUGGAUUUAAGAAAAUUAACUGCCAUUUAUUACCUUGUCAGUGACAAAUUGUGCAGUAAAAAUACCAAAUGACAAUUUUAAUACAAUUAAAAUAUAAUAUUCAAUAUAAUCAAA